AUGGCUUCGCAUUCUUUAGAGGUUUAUGGGAAAGGAACAGCGGUGUGGAUUAAAAACGAUAAAGAAGGCUGGAUCAGUGCACAACUAGUUUCAAAAGAAAUAUCCGAUAAUAAUGUGAAACUUGCAUUUUUAACAGACGACGGAAAGGAGAUAGUAAUUACAACUACCUUGACUAAAUUGUCUCAAACAAAUAAUGCAGAAUUGCCACCUCUACGUAAUCCUCCUAUGCUUGAAUCUAGUGAUGACUUGACCAAUCUAAGUUAUCUUAAUGAACCUGCAGUGCUCCACACAAUUCGUACGCGUUAUUUACAACGAAAUAUUUACACGUACUCCGGAAUAGUCUUGAUUGCCACAAAUCCGUUUUCAUCAGUUUCUUUAUACUCGCAAGAUAUUAUCCAAGCAUAUUCUGGAAAACGACGUGGAGAAUUAGAACCACAUGUAUUUGCUAUUGCCGAAGAUGCUUAUCGAGCAAUGCUUAGGGAAAACAAAAAUCAAACUAUUGUUGUAUCGGGUGAAAGUGGUGCCGGUAAAACAGCCAGUGCAAAAUUUGUUAUGCGAUAUUUUGCAUCUGUUGACGAUAAAGAAAAACCACAUGAUGUAGUAAAGAAAUCAAACACAGCUUCUGGCAUGAGUGAAGUCGAAGAGCAAAUUAUGGCUACCAAUCCCAUUAUGGAAUCUUUUGGUAAUGCGAAAACAACCAGAAAUGACAACAGUUCACGUUUCGGUAAAUACUUUGAGAUUCAAUUCGAUAAACAUCAAAAUAUUAUUGGUGCCAAGAUUAGGACUUAUCUGUUGGAACGGUCAAGAUUAGUGUAUCAACCGGAAACUGAAAGAAAUUAUCAUAUUUUUUAUCAGCUUUGUGCUGGUGCUCCACCAUCAGAAAAAAAGAAUCUUGAAAUUGGUGACUUUAACCAGUUUCAUUAUUUGAAUCAGGGUGGUUCAGGUACAAUUCCGGGUGUUGAUGAUGCAGCGGAAUUCGAAAUCACGCAGAAAGCUUUAUCCACCAUAGGGAUAACAAUUCAGAUUCAAUGGCAAAUUUUUAGACUUUGUGCUGCUCUUCUACAUAUCGGCAAUAUUCAAAUCACAGCAAGUCGUAAUGUAGCUAUGGUUUCUGAAACGGAUCAGGCACUUGUUACUGCAACAAAAUUGCUUGGUAUAAAAACAGCAGAAUUUAAAAAAUGGUUGGUUAAAAAACAGAUAGUUACUAGGACAGAAAAGAUUGUCACCGAUCUCAAUGCACAACAGGCUAAUGUAGUAAGAGAUUCUGUUGCUAAAUACAUCUAUGCUAAUCUUUUCGAUUGGUUGGUUAAUAUAACAAAUGAAAGUUUGUCCAACGAAGAAGUCAAGAAGAGAGUAUCAAGCUUUAUUGGUGUUCUUGAUAUUUAUGGAUUUGAACAUUUUAAGAAAAAUUCUUUUGAACAAUUUUGCAUUAAUUAUGCGAACGAAAAAUUACAGCAACAGUUCAAUCAACAUGUAUUUAAGUUAGAACAAGAGGAAUAUGUACGUGAAAAAAUUAAUUGGACUUUCAUAGACUUCAGCGAUAAUCAAUCAUGUAUCGAUUUGAUCGAGGGUAAAAUAGGCAUUCUUUCUCUUUUAGAUGAGGAAAGUCGUUUACCAUCUGGCACCGAUGGUUCUUGGUGCAAUAAAUUAUACCAACAUUUUGAUACUCCUACACAUAAAAAAUAUUUUCAAAAGCCGCGAUUUUCCAACGCAGCUUUUACAAUUAGUCAUUAUGCACACGAUGUAUCUUACGAAGUGGAAAAUUUCUUAGAAAAAAAUAGAGAUACUGUGCCGGAUGAACAUCUCGCUUUAUUAAAGAAUACUGACUUUGAAUUCUUAGAUGAUGUUCUAACUAAAGGAUCCACUGUUGCACCUCCUGCAACUAAGCCUGACGCUAAACGUUCUAGUUUAAUUGCGAAGAAACCUACAUUGGGUUCAAUAUUCAAAGCUUCAUUAAUUAGUCUCAUGGAAACCAUUAAUUCUACAGGUGUUUCUUACAUUCGAUGUAUUAAACCUAAUGAAGUUAAGGUAGCAUGGAAAUUUGAACCUCAAAUGGUUUUAGCUCAAUUGCGAGCAUGUGGUGUAUUGGAAACUAUUCGCAUUAGUUGUGCAGGUUAUCCCUCACGAUGGACGUUUGAUGAAUUUGUUCAAAGAUACUAUAUGCUCGUUCGUUCUGAGCAUUGGAGUCCAGAUACCAAAAAAUUAUGUUCUACUAUUUUGAAUGCUUCCAUUAAACUUCCCGAUAAGUUUCAAGUUGGCAUAACCAAGAUUUUUUUCCGUGCUGGCAUGUUGGCUUAUCUGGAAAAGCUUCGCCUAGAUAGACUAAACGAAUGUGUAACACUUAUGCAAAAGAACAUGUUGCGACAUAUGCAUCAAAAGAGAUAUCAAACCUUAAAAGCAAGCACUAUUAAAGUUCAAUCGCUUUAUAGAAGACGUGUAGCAAUGAUUGAGCUUAAACGUCGUCGCGAAGAAAAAGCGGCUAUUACUAUACAGAAAUAUUGGAGAGGAUAUAUUCAACGAAAACGCUAUUUACGUGCAAAAAAGGCCAGUCAGAAAUUACAAAUUGCUGUUCGUGGUGUUAUCGCUCGAAAGAAAUUUGAAAAUUUACUUCGCAACGUUUCGGCUACUCGUAUUCAAUCUAAGACUUUGAAACAUAUUAUUUAUAUUCAAUCAUGCCUUCGUCGUCGCUUGGCAAGAGCUGAACUUAAGAAGAUGAAAAUUGAAGCACGUUCUGCCAGUCACUAUAAAGAGGUUUCAUAUAAACUUGAAAAUAAGGUUAUUGAACUUACACAGAACUUGGAACAAAAAUCUCAAGAAAAUAAGGCCUUAGAAGUUAGAACGGUAUCUUUAGAAAGUCAAGUCAAGGCAUGGAUGGAAAGGUAUGAAAAACUAGAAACUGACGCCAGUAGCUUCAAAAGUUCUACGAAACAAAGUACUAUUGGGAUUGAUGAGUUCAAGUCUCUUCAAUCUGAGAAAGAAACACUUGAAUUUCGUUAUCGAACUUCUCUUGAUAACAUCAAGAAGUUAAAUACUGAGAUUGAACGUCUUACAAGUGAAAUAAGCAAAAAGGAUGAUGAAGUAGCACGACUCCGUGCAACUACAGCUAAAUAUAAGGGAGCUGAGGAUCCAGCUACGGUGCUCGCUUUGAAACAAGAGAUUUCUGCUCUUAGAGAACAGUUGGCUAAGGUUAAAAGCGGUAGAGGAACAUCGCCUCCACCACCACCACACCGUCAAGAAAACGGUUUCUUGACAGCUGCUAGCUCUUCUUCGCUGAAACCUCCAUCGCAAAAACGAAGACCUCGGCGACAUAGCUCCGCUGAAUCCUGGGGGCCAAAUGAGGUUACAAAACGCAAACCCAAAACAUCAGUUGAUUUAGUUAUGGCUGAAGCAAAGAAACCGGGAUUAAGACCUGUUUCAGUAUCAUAUACUCAAAUGAAUGUUCCAAAGAUUAGAUCCCCAGGAGGUCGUCUUCAUUUGCCGGGAGUUGAAAAUGAUCCAGAAGAGGAGAUCAUGAAGCUUCUUGAAGAUGAAGAAACUCUUGAUGAUGAAAUUAUUAAUGGGCUGAUUAAAUCUUUGAAAAUACCACUUCCAAGUCUACAAAAUCCUCCAUCGCAGAAAGAAAUUCUUUUCCCUGCAAGACUUAUUAGCCUUCUAGCAAAGCAAAUGUGGAAAUUCGGGUUUAUUAAGGAAUCGGAAAGGUUAUUUGCUAAUGUAAUGAAAACUAUUCAAGAACAUGUAAUGGAUUAUGAAGGCGACGAAGCGAUCCUCCCUGGUGCAUAUUGGCUUUCUAAUGUGCAUGAAUUAUUAUCAUUUGCAAAUGCCGCUGAGAGAGAUAUGCUACGUGGAGUAAACCCAGCUUCUAAUUCGGGAGGAAAAAUGUUUGAAUGGCAUGAUUACGAAAGAUUGGUGUCCAUUGUUAAACAUGAUCUAGAGAGUCUUGAAUAUAAUAUUUAUCAUACAUGGAUGAAAGAGCUUAAGAAGCGUUUACACAAAAUGGUUAUUCCGGCAGUAAUUGAAAGUCAAUCGUUGCCCGGAUUUGUAACUAACGAGACUAAUAGGUUUAUUACAAAAUUCAUUACUGGACCUACAACCCCUGCUUUCAGUAUGGAUGACCUUCUUAAUUUCUUGAAUAAAGUUUGGAAAGCUAUGAAAUCAUAUUACGUUGAAAUGUCAGUAAUUCAGCAAGUCGUUACAGAAUUGCUGAAACUAGUAGGAGUGACGUCCUUCAAUGAUUUGUUAAUGAGACGUAAUUUCUGUUCAUGGAAGAGAGCAAUGCAAAUACAAUAUAAUAUUACUAGAAUUGAAGAGUGGUGUAAGAGCCAUGAGAUGCCUGAAGGCACACUUCAACUAGAACAUUUAAUGCAAGCUACUAAAUUAUUGCAACUCAAAAAGGCGACUCUAGGAGAUAUUGAAAUUAUAUACGAUGUUUGUUGGAUGUUGACUCCUACACAAAUUCAAAAACUUAUAAGCCAUUAUUUUGUUGCAGACUACGAGAAUCCAAUAAGUCCGGAAAUUUUGAAGGCUGUGGCUAGUAAGGUUGUGGCAAAUGAUAAAACGGAUAUACUAAUGCUCGAUGCAACUCCUUUAGAGGAUUCUGGUCCAUUUGAAGUUCCCUCUCCACGCGAGGUGGCACCUCCCGAUAAUUACCUGCCUGCAUGGUAA